AAGCCUUAUGUCUAUUUGGUUUGAUACCUAAAAACGAAAUAAUGCUGAUUAACAAAAAACUGUUUUUGAAAAACCAUAGUGAGUGUCAUCAGCCCUAAUUCAUGAGCACCAAUGGCAAGAAUGUGUCAAAGGUCUCAACCACCAAAACAGCAUUUGGAUUCAAAGUGCCUGGUCAAAAGGCCGAGAGAUCUCCUCUGAAAUUGCCUUCCUCUAUACAUGUCAAUAAAUUAAAUGGUUUUCCAAACUAUAAAUUGGAAGCAUAUCUUCACAAUUAAUGUGCAGCACAUCAUAACAGUACCUACCUCUCUAAUCUCUAAUUUUACAGCUUUUAGAUUCCAAAUACAAGCACCAAAUAUGUCUGAUAACUCUUCUCAGAGCAUAAGCUACCAGGCUGGUGAGGCCAAGGGCCACGCUCAGGAAAAGGGUAGCAGCAUGAUGGACAGGGCUGCCAAUGCUGCCCAAUCUGCAAAGGAAUCAAUGCAAGAGACUAGGCAGCAGAUGAUGGACAAGGCACAGGGAGCUAAAGAAGCUGUGAAGGAUGCAACUGGCAUGAACAAAUGAAGCUGACAGAAGCUGAAAGUGAUCAAGAACCUGUCUUGUCGUCUAUCCAUUUUCAUUUAGAUGCUUUCUUUUCUUGUUUAAUAUUUAGUGUUUUGUUGGAGCAUUUAUAAAAUGCUCUUUUAGUUUUUCCCAUGAACAAAGAGGAGAGCUCUUAUAAUGUAGUUGUCAGGAGUUGCUCUUCCACUUAUUUCUUUAAUGCAUUUCCUAUAUGUCUUCCAUUCUUAUUGUUCUUAUCAUUUUGUUCAACAAGUUAUGAUGAUGCAUGUGUAGAAGGGGAUAAUUUUUUAUCCAAUUACAAAUUGCCACAUGUCCAAUGGAUGUAUAACAUCUAACUGAUAGUGCAUCAAAUAUAACACUUACAAAUUUGUUAAGUUUGGGAAAAGUUUUGGAACAUAUUAAGUUUAUUCUGUUGUGGCUUUUCUAAUUCCUUUUUUUUU